GGUAGGAGAGGCUUUGCUAAUCUCCCCUUCUGGGAAAACAACUGCAUAGGCUCAGGAAAGUGCUUAAAAUGAAGAUGAGACUGCUUUCUUCUGUUCUUCAUCUCCGUGUAAACAUGUUUAUGGAUUUGCAGAACUCCAGCUGAAAUUCAUAACACAGAUCAUGAUGGUCUCUGCUUUGUUAGUGGUGCCUUGCAGUUGGGGUUGCUUAAAAGUAUGGGAUACAUUUGGUUUAUUGUUACGCUUUGCCUAGUUGGAGACUGGGGGUUAGUGGAGCGUCUGUGCUGCAGCAUCUUCUCCAUUAAAUGGUACAAGACUGAACAGGAUAUAAUAUGGACCAGACUUGUUGGAAGUGUUUCCAACUUGACCAUGUAGAAGUAAUUCAGUAGCCUGCCACUGAAGAAGUGAAGUGAUUGUAUUAUUGCGUGUUAUUCCCUGAGGACAGAAUGGGUUAUGUUUUAUUUUUUCUUGUUGUUUCCUUGAGAAUUUAAAACUUGGCAUCCCACAUAAAAUUAUCUUGGCUUAGAAGAUAAUUGUGUGGAGUCUAAGCAGCUUUUCUAAAAGCUAGUAAAGAAAUGGACAGCAUUCUCUACAGUAUGAGUAUUUUGAUAAGCGAUUGGAAAACAACUGUGCCUUUUGAGGCCCUGCUUUUUAAGUUGGAGCAAGUGUUUGUAUUUAUCAAAGUUCAUGAAUGUUUGAAAGGGCACUGGAGAUAAUGGGAUACUUUUAUGGUGCUUUACACUGCUCCUCUUGAGACCUCUUUUAGGGAAUAUAGUCUGAGUUUCAUGAUCCAGGAAUAUUAGACAUUGACUGCUUUUGCUGAACGUGCGAUACUCCACUUGAAUGCUUUAUUGCCUGCAUAAAAUGAGAAUGUACUGCAGGAUCAUGCCCAAGUGCCACUAUGAAAUCUGCUUUUUUUCCCUGUGUUGGAAGGUGAUCAGCUUUGCGUAGGUCAUUUAAAUCCGUUUUUGGGUGGUAGCUUUCCCCUUAGGGAAAUGACUGGGGUUUUGUGUGACAGAAUUGUUAACCAAGCUUGAAUUUUCCAUGCCUUGUGAUUGAGAGAGCUUGUGCUCUGUGAGCUCAGUUUUCUGUGCCUGCCAUUCAUCAGUGUUACGGAUUGUAAAAGCUGCCACUUCAAUGCUGCUCUUUUGGUACCCAGACUUAUCUGUGCAAAUGUUGUGGUGGAGCUGUGGAAACAAGGUCUUCGAGGUCUCAUGGGGUCUUGCAGCAGCCAGAACACGCGGAAAACAGGAAAGGGAAGAAAGGUGAUUAUCAGAGUGCUACAAAAUAUAUUAGAAACAGAAAAUGAAUAUUCUAAGGAGCUACAGACAAUGCUUUCAAACUACCUGCGACCGUUACAAGCCAGUGAAAAGUUAAACUCGACAAACACUUCAUACUUAAUGGGAAAUCUGGAAGAAAUAAGUUCUUUUCAGCAGAUGCUUGUACAGUCUUUAGAAGAAUGCACCAAGUUGCCUGAAGCUCAGCAGAGAGUUGGAGGAUGUUUUCUAAAUUUGAUGUCACAGAUGAAAAGCUUAUAUCUUGCCUACUGUGCCAAUCAUCCAUCAGCAGUAAAUGUUCUCACAGAACACAGUGAGGAGCUAGGAGAAUUCAUGGAGGUGAAGGGUGCCAACAGUCCUGGGAUCCUUGUACUGACCACAGGCCUCAGCAAACCUUUUAUGCGUCUGGAUAAAUACCCCACGUUACUCAAAGAGCUUGAAAGGCACAUGGAGGAUUAUCAUCCAGAUCGUCCAGACAUUCAGAAAUCCAUGACAGCCUUCAAAAACCUUUCUGCACAAUGUCAAGAAGUACGGAAAAGGAAAGAACUUGAACUACAAAUACUAACAGAAGCGAUCCGUUGUUGGGAGGGGGAAGAUAUUAAAACACUUGGCAACGUGAUUUACAUGUCCCAGGUCAUGAUUCAGUGUGCUGGAAGUGAGGAAAAGAAUGAAAGGUAUCUUCUUCUCUUCCCUAACAUUUUGUUAAUGUUGUCUGCCAGCCCAAGAAUGAGUGGGUUCAUCUAUCAGGGGAAGCUACCAAUGACUGGAAUGACUAUCACAAAGCUAGAAGACAGUGAAAACCAUAAAAAUGCAUUUGAAAUAUCAGGAACUAUGAUUGAAAGGAUACUGGUGUCAUGUAACAACCAACAAGAUUUGCAUGAGUGGGUCGAUCACCUGCAGAAACAAACCAAAGUCACAACUGUUGGGAAUCCCACCAUUAAACCUCAUUCUGUGCCAUCUCACACGCUUCCUUCCCAUCCAGUAACACCCUCCAGCAAGCACUCGGACAGCAAGCAGAUACCACUGACCCCUGCAUACCACACUCUCCCUCAUCCGUCACAUCAUGGGACUCCACAUACCACGAUAAACUGGGGACCUCUGGAACCUCCUAAAACACCCAAGCCCUGGAGUCUGAGCUGUUUACGGCCUGCGCCUCCGCUACGGCCUUCAGCAGCACUUUGUUACAAAGAGGAUCUAAGUAAGAGCCCUAAAACCAUGAAAAAGCUGCUUCCCAAACGCAAGCCAGAACGGAAGCCAUCAGAUGAAGAAUUUGCACUGAGAAAAAGUACAGCUGCUUUAGAAGAAGAUGCUCAAAUUCUUAAAGUCAUUGAAGCAUAUUGCACAAGUGCCAAAACACGUCAAACACUAAAUUCAACAUGGCAAGGCACUGACCUGAUGCAUAAUCACGUCUUGGCUGAUGAUGACCAAUCAAGUCUAGACUCCUUGGGUCGUCGCAGUAGUCUUUCUCGUUUGGAGCCUUCAGACCUCUCAGAAGACUCUGACUAUGACAGUAUAUGGACAGCCCAUAGUUACAGAAUGGGGUCUACAUCUCGUUCCCGCAAAGAAUCGGCUCCUCAAGUCCUGCUUCCAGAAGAAGAGAAAAUCAUUGUAGAAGAAACUAAAAGUAAUGGUCAGACUGUUAUAGAAGAGAAAAGCCUUGUUGACACAGUAUAUGCAUUAAAGGAUGAAGUACAGGAGUUAAGACAGGAUAACAAAAAGAUGAAGAAAUCAUUAGAAGAAGAACAAAGAGCUCGCAAGGACUUGGAGAAGCUUGUUAGAAAAGUUCUAAAGAACAUGAAUGAUCCAUCUUGGGAUGAAACCAAUUUAUAACUAUUUUUUUUUCUUUCUAUUGAAAGACCAGUUGUAAAACUGAGCUGGGAAGCCUUCUGACAUUAGUCAGUGUUGCAUCAAGAGCACUACAAAACAGGAUUUAACUGGAUCUGGUGAUUUCUUGCUCUGAACAUAUAGAAACAGUCAAGCCAUUCACUGAAGCAAUCUGUACGUUAAGUGUGGAGACUGUGGAUCCUGAACUCUACUAAACUUAAUUUGUUUGCAUCUAAAUUACCUCAUUUUGCAGAGAGUGCAGCAUCUGACUAAAAGUCCAUGUUUUUCAGUGGCUUUUUAAUUAAAUAUAUAUAUUUUUCUUGUAAAUAUCUGUAAUUUUGAAUGCAUAUGUGGUUGGUAUAUCAGGGCUGAUAUGUUGUUUUUUUCCUCUUGUUCUUAAAAUGGUCACAAGUGUUAGAAAGGUGGCAGUACUGUCUUAGCUAAGAAGGGUCAGAGUUCUUUGUGGCUAAUUAUGGAUUUGCUCCAAAUUACUCACUCAUCACACAUGCAAAUUUAAAAACUUGUUUUUCCUAUUGACCAGUGUAUUUAAAUCCUUUACUGUUAUUUAUGUCUGCACCUACAUUUGAAACAGUUUACAAUUGUUUAGAAACAGUAUUAAACUACAGAAAAUUGUUUGUUGAUGGUGGAAACAAAUUUUAACAAUACUAAUGCCCAUGAUUUAUGUUCAUGUACUUUUAUUUGGCAGACUAAUCUGUUGUGCUUUGGCCACCAGAAGACUGAUGUACUUGCCUGCUUUUUGACUGUGAUUUUUAGGUGUUUAUGUACUACAUUUUUUUUUGUUGUUGUGCUUAAGCAUACAGCUGGCUGGUAAUUUAAUGGAUCAUACAGUUUGUUAAAGCAAAAAAAAAAAAAAAAAAUCAAUCUAAUCCAUAAUUUUGUGAAUAAAUUGUUGCUAUUUAUUUUUUAUGGUCACAACAAUUAAAUUCUAGCUAACUUUUUUUUUUUUGCAUAAGAUGCAUGGGCCAGGGCAAACUUCACUCAGAGCUUUGUUUUUUUUCACCACUGUUUAAGAUUUGGGUUGGAAUUCCCAAAGUGUGGAAGUAGCCAUUCCUUUCCCACCCUGUUUUCUCAGCAUACUGCUGGUUUCUGUCUGCUAGGAGUUAAAUGGAAACAACCUGGAAAUGCUAUUUUUUUUCAUCAUACUGUAAUUCAUUUUUUUUUGCAUCACUGACAGAUUGGAAAAUACAUAUCAUGAACAUACCUGAAGACUUUUAUUCCCUAGUCUGAUAGGUGCAAUUACCACAAUCCUUCCCCUUCUUUAAAGUAGGAGAUGCUACAUUACCACAGAUGUCGAGCUUCAUUUGGAGCACUUAAAAUACCCAUUCAAUACUCAUUGUGAGAGUCCCCUUGAUUUCAGUAAACUGUGGGUCAAACUGUAGGUGGUACAACUUUCUCAGGAGUUUUUCUUCACUUGACAGCAGAUGUGCAGGUAUAGCGCAGACUCAAGUUGCACCUUUUGCCAUCUUGAUUUUCUGCUGCCCAUUAAAUGUAAGCAAAUGUUUAUGUAAACUGUAACGAAUUGAUGCCAAAAUGGUUAGGGUGGUAAAAAUUAUCAUGCACAUUGUGAAUCUAAUGAAAAAUAUUUUGAAAGCUGUUCUUUCUAGGAAAAUGUGGAUAGCUUUCUCUCUUUUUUUUAAUAGGAAAGAAUAUUAAUGAUUACAUUACUGCAGAAUUCAGUGAGAAUGGGUACUUAAUCUGAACUAGUGGUCUGAUUUUAAAAACCGAAUAGAUUUCUAGUAUUUUCAUCUGUGUUCCUCUGAUUUCUAAAGGUCUUCCUUUAGAUCUAAAGGAGCAGACUGGCUAAGAAAACUUAAGAAUGUCUGCAAUAUCUAGUUAAAUAUACUGACUGAACUUUAAGUUUUUGGCAAUUCUUGAUAGCAAAAUCUUUUCCUAGCAAAAUCGUAGCAGUUGCACAAAGAAUGUGCUGGCAUUUACAAUGAUCUUCAUCUUUAGAAAAUGAUCUUGCUAAAAGCUAAGUGAUAUUAAGCCCUGCAAAUUCAUGGCUAAUUGGCUAAAUUUAGGGUCGAGAAUGACAGUGUAAUUAAAGUUUUGCUAACACUUUUACUUCUGACAUUAAGGCCGUUCUCAGAUUGAAUUGUAACUUUCAGUUGAGCAUAUGUGAAAGGACAUUCCAGAGGAAGUAAGUAUAAAAGGAGAAACAUGAAUCUUAGCAGUAUUUAGCAAAUUUUAACUCAGGAACAACUUGGAUCAUAACAUAACUUUGUUUUACAUCAUAUUGUAAAGAGUAGCAUUGCUGUGUAAAUUUGCUGACGCGUAGUACCUGUGGUUACAAUAAUUUCUGACAGUACCCCUAUACUGAUAUCUAAUGAACAUGCCUUAAACACUGGGAUCAAGCAGAUGUUAAAUAUGACCAGGACUUGGGGACUGAUUUUAUUUAAGGUGGAUUGGGAUGAUGAAUUUUUACAAAAAAAAAAAAAGAAAAAAAGCUUAAAAAAAACCAAACCAAACCCAUGUAAUAUUAUAUGUAGCUCUUGUCCCUAGCUCUAGCACAGAGAGCGAGAUUCAGGCUUUUGGGAACCAAGGAAUAUCUGAACUUUUUUCUUUUACAAUUUGUUAUACUGUAUAUAGAGUGUAAAUUUCACCAUGGACCUUCUGAAUUGUUGGAAACUUUAUAUAAGCAUGGAUAAAAGGGGCACUGUUUAUUUAACCUAUUAAAGGGUUAUUUCUUUGCUCUCAUCAUUUAGGGAUGAGGAGAUGAAGCCAUUUCUUAUCCUGUAGAUGUGAAGCACUUUCAGUUCUAAACUGUCCAAAAUGUAGCAUAACAUUUUUCUGUACUUAUUGAUGUAUGCGUGUUUGUCUCACCAUGUCAUGGCAUCUUAAAGAUUAAACAACUGACUGCCUUUGUAUAAACUUUCUUAAUGCCAGUUAUUUAGUGCAUUUAGGGUGUCUGUUUACAGUAUCUGUGGAGAAGUCAAGUUUAGUUUAGACAUCACAAUAAUAUCCUGGUAUCGACUACUAAAGUGUUCAUGCUACAUUGUUGUAAUUAAACCAUGGUUUUCCCCCUA